CGUUGUUCGAUAGUUCUCUGACGUCCGUCAAUUUUUUUGUGUGUACGUUACAUAUUCAUAUAAUGUAUAUCUCCAUUUUAGUUUUCUCAUGAACCGGAAAUUCUUCCGUCGUUCACUCCCCCUCCUUCUUCGCUUCGUGUUAACAUUUUGAACUUCAUUCAUGUGAGUGUCCCCGGGAGUCUGUAAAGCGCGCGAUGGCAGGCCCGGAGCUCCUGCUGGACUCAAGUAUCCGUUUGUGGGUCGUUCUGCCCAUUGUCUUUAUCACCUUCAUGGUGGGCGUCAUCCGCCAUUAUGUCACUCAGCUGCUGCAAAGCGACAAGAAGGUGGACCUGGAGCAGCUUUCCGACAGUCAGGUGCUCCUGCGCAGCCGCAUCCUCCGAGAGAACGGCAAAUAUAUUCCCAGACAGUCGUUCACAAUGAGGAAGCACUACUUCAACAAUGUGGAAACGGGCUUCUUCAAGAAUGUCAAGAGGAAGGUGGUCCCCAAAAACCCAAUCACAGACACCAGCAUGCUGACAGACAUGAUGAAAGGAAACCUGACCAACGUCCUGCCCAUGAUCAUGAUCGGCGGCUGGAUCAACUGGGCCUUCUCUGGAUUUGUCAUAACCAAGGUUCCGUUCCCGCUGACGCUGCGCUUCAAGCCCAUGUUGCAGCGCGGUAUUGACCUGCUCACGCUGGAUGCGUCCUGGGUGAGCUCCGCGUCCUGGUACUUCCUGAACGUGUUUGGCCUCAGGAGCAUGUACAGCCUCAUCCUGGGACACGACAACGCCGCCGAUCAAUCGCGGGUCAUGCAGGACCAGAUGACCGGCGCCGCCAUGGCCAUGCCCCCGGACCCCAACAAGGCUUUUAAGAGCGAGUGGGAGGCACUGGAGAUUGUGGAGCACAAGUGGGCCCUGGAGAACGUGGAGGAGGAGCUGAUGGCCCGAGAGCUCAACCUGGCGGGCGUCUUCAGCUAAGACCUCAAAAGUCUGCCGUCCUGGAGCGGGGCUGGGGCAAAGCGUCGCUCGGGGGGGUGGGGGGGGGGGGCUUCCUUCGCUCACUUGGCCCACUGACGUUUUGUCAGCCAUAAUGUUCCUUUGACCCUUCAACCUGCUUUCACAAAAUCAUUUGAAUUACUCAAUAUUUUUGUACAAAAAAAAAAUCUAAUACAAAAAUAAGUUUGAAAAGUACUUCAAUUUGCUAAUUUGCAAAUAUUUAGGAAAUUAACUUGAUUCCGUUCGAAUACUACAAAUGAAAUUUUGUUGUUAAAAAACGCUUUGACUUCUUUGAUGUCACAGAUCAACUUGCUUUUUGUUCAUCCUUAAUUUAUAAAUAAAGGUUUUGAGUUGUACCACAUUGACCCCCCCCCCUGCUUGUUGAAAGGAGAAGACAAGGUGGCGAUGGUGACGUGGGUGUCAUUUUAUUUCAAAAGUCUUAUAAAAUCUUCGCAUUUCUGACAAAACAGGAAGACCAGAGAAAGCCUGACCAGUUUCCAUAAAAAGAAGCUCUGUUAGAAAAAUACUGUACAGCAUCACGGCUGUCAAUCAAAACAUUUUUUUGGGGGGGUAGGGGGGGGGGUAAAGAAGCGCCUCCGUGGCCUCUCCGGGUCACCCAAUAAAUAGUACAAGCAAAAUAUACAAAAGAACAAAA